CAGUGUUGAAUGUAAAGUUGCGUAUCAGCCGCUCCUGAUCCGCACGCUAAAUUGUUUUGACAUUUUCUUGUACAUACAUGCGUCCAUAAUACUAUUUACGAGCGAUUAAUUUGAAGCUUGCGCUGCUGUCGCUCCUGAAAACUCCUUCUUAAUAUCAGUGCUGUGUCGGUCAAGUUGAGAGCGUACUCACAGUGGUCAUGAAGACUGAAAUGCCGGGUGAUGAACGACGCUCUGCAUUGCUCGAUCUUCUUUCAGAGUAUCGCCUUAAACAAACUGCUACAGAUAUAUGGUCUACGCGCGAACGACUGUGCCUGGCCUCGUCGGUGUUGAGGAGCGGAGACCAGAAUUGGGUGUCCGUAAGCAGAGCGAUACGGCCUUUUGGCGAGUGUAACCGGCCGAACGAUUGGUUUUCUCAAAAGAAUUGUGCUCUCCAAUAUGCCGACCUGUUGGAGAAAGUGGAGUCGCCAAAGCGCAAGCGUGGUGAACGCGGCGAGAUCGACACUCCCGGUGCUCUUAUAGUCCGAAAACUUACUCUUGAGCGCAUUGAAGAGCUCAAGAAGAUUAUUCAAGAAGAACAGCAGCGGCAUAAGAGGUUUCGUCGGGACAUUGAACUUCUCAAAGCUGGACAGAUAGAUGACAGACUGGAUGAGCUGCUGAAGCAGAUUCAAGACGAGCAACGGGCAAAGGAGAUUGCUGAACAGGAGCUGCAAAAGUGGACCAAGGAGCGGGAGCUGCAGCAAGCGGCCCUGAGGGCAGCCACACGGCCAUCCUCCAAAACCAAGAAAAUGUCAAGCCGUUAUUUGCAAGAGGUGCGGCGCAGCAGCUCACAAUCUGAGCAUAGUGAGCCAGACAGCAUGCUUGGAUCCCCACUGAGCGUUGAGGUGGAGGAUCCUCCAAGUCCACCAUCGCAAGGCACACCAGAGAGAGAGAGGCCAUGCACGCCCCUGCGGAAAGUGGUGACUCCUCCACCACAUGCGACACCCUCUACCCCUCCAACACCACCUGCCAUCUCAACGUCACUAUUAACCUCAUUGCUCAAGUCACCCACCCCAUCCAGUCCAGUGUCAUUGGUGUCGGGACUCUGCUCCUUGACACCAUCUCCUGUGCAUCAACACAAAGAGCAAAGCAGUCCCCGGUCACAUUUGACUCCAUCAUUUUUCAAUCCAUCGGCAGCGCGACAGCUGGCCACAGGCACACUGUCUCCAAGCACAACAUCAAGCACAGUGUCCCGCUUUUCACCUACAUGCACUACUGUAGACACAGCGUCACGCCCCUCAUCUGUUCAGAUGUCUCCCCAUUCUGCAACUUCAUCUGCCCCAACACUAUCUAAGCUGCUGGAACUACCCCCUAGCACUCCUGGUGGUUGCCUUCCUUCACUGCCAUUCCUGACUGCGUCCCCAUCAGUUUCAUCACCUGUUGCAAGUCAAGCAACCACUUCCUCACCCCUGGAGAGCAGCAACAGUAUGGAUACCACAGUUGAUGAUGCCAGUGUGCCAGGCUUGGUGUCAUCACCUGUGAAGCUGACUGUGGAAGAAGUGACAGCACCACUGACCACUGAGCCUUCUGAGACACCCUGUGAAAUUCCACCUGUUGAGACAGUGGAAUCUGAGGAACCAGACCCAUUCCCUGCUACCGAGGAGCCUAUGGAGGUAACUGAGGAUGUAGCUGAAGAUACAUCACCCAGUGAAGUAGAAACUAAAGUUGAGCCUAAGGAAGAAGACUUGGAGGAAGAUGAAGAUCAAGCAAUUUCCCCAGCUGAAGCCGAGUCUAUGGUGGAGACAGUUGCAUCAGAGGAAAUGGUCGUUGAAACUGUAAUUGAAGACUCCCUCUCAUCCAGCAUCAAUGUGGAUGACGACAAAGAGAGUGUACAGUCAGACCCUGAGCAUGGCACAGGCGCUGACCAGGAGACAAAGCCUGAGAGUGAGAGCACCAAGGAGGCCUCGGAGAUCCCAGCUGAACCUGUAUGCUCGGAGUCCGAGUCAAAGGACAAGGACGACAAGGACGACGUGGAUGAGCAGCUUGUAGCUGAUGAGUCUGACUCGGUCAAGGAUGCUUUGAAAUCCGAGAACAAUGAUGAUGAUUUGACACCGGAAUCCCCUGAUGUGUCUUUAAAAAAGGAUGAGCAGAUACAGGAAGGGGAUGUGCCAGAAGAUCACCUGCCUACAGCUGAUGAAGAAGAUGAUGAUGCAGAAGAAUCAAAAGAUGCCUGGGCCCCCGGAACAGUCAGCUCACCAUCACCAGCAGGGGAGACCAUGUCAAACUUAGAUGAGCCACAGAGCGAGGACAUGGAUGAUGAUAAGCUGAAAGAUGACAAGUCUUCCAUAGACGACGCAAAGACGCCCGAGACCCCCAGUGGCACCGAGCCGGACACGAAGGACGAUGGAUCACAGCAUAUUGAGUCUGGCACUGAGGAUGGUACUGGGGAGUUGAGUAAACAUCUGCUUGGUGGCUCUGUCAGUGAUUCUGUUCCCAACAGCCCAGCAUCUGUGCUUCAGGGUGAGGACUCUGAGGUCGUUCGAGACUAUAAGGUGUGGAAGAAAUCUAUUAUGUUGGUCUGGAGAGCAGCAGCCAACCACAAAUAUGCAAAUGUGUUUUUACACCCAGUCACAGAUGAAAUGGCCCCAGGUUACCAUAGCAUUGUCUACAGACCAAUGGAUUUGCUGACAAUCAAGAAAAACAUUGAAAGUGGCUACAUCAAGACGACCUUGGAAUUUCAGCGGGACAUGAUGCUGAUGUUUCAAAAUGCUAUCAUGUACAACAGUUCUGACCACGAUGUCUUUCAGAUGGCCAUUGAAAUGCAGAAGGAGGUCAUGGGACACAUACAGGAUUUUCUGGCAACCCAGUUGAUGGUGAAGACAACAGAGACCAAAAGCCUGCGUGGCCGUGACGGGCGGGAAAAGAAGGUGGAAUUUGGCAAGGAUGACAAGGAGGACGAAAGGAAGAAGAAAAUAAGCUUGCCUGCUGAAGAGCCAGUGGCAAAAAAACGACGCACGCGUGCUAACGAGUAGCAUUCCACGUCGACUGCUCCCCAUGCAGUUUGAUGUACAUAGUGGUUGUUUGUUAUUGUUGACUUGUUCUUUUGUACAGUAGAUAUAAGAUAUAUCUGCAGCCCACAGUGCUUGGACUGAAUCCAGAUUUUUAUUGAAGAUGGUUAGAGGUUUUUAUGUGCAAGGCUUUAGUUCUUAAAAUGAGGCAUCGUGUCAAGGAUUGCCGACAUUGUUUUCUAGCAGUGAAAGGUUUUCACAGUGGUUUGUGGAACAAGCAGAAAUGUACACAUUACCUAAAUGUUGAGCUUCGAAUACUUAUGUCCAUGCCUCCUCCCCGACUCUGUUGCUAAAGCCUAAAUGAUUGGGCUACAAGAAGCUGUGAACAGCGACACUAAUACAACGUAUUUGUUUCUGCACCAAUUUAAUCAUUUAGAAUAAAUGCUGAAAAAAAGAAAUGACAAUAAAGUCUUCUUGCAGUGAUU